UUCCAUUCCAUCAUCUCAUCUCUUAAAACUUAAAAGGAUUGAUUUGGGGUUUCAUUUUUACUUUCUCUCUUAGUCUAGCUACUCGAUCAGAUACAAUUGAAACCCUCCUCACCCCCUAUCCCAUCCCAUCCCAUCCCAUCCCAAUUCAAUUAACGGUUUUAACUCUUCCCUUCAGUUACUAUCCGUAUCAAAUUAAUUAAUGACUUUCUUAGCCCACUUGUGCUUACUCUGUAUCUUCCUUUUCCAUGUUCAAAACACAAGAGCCAAAGUGAUUUGCAAUAGCAUAUCAUGUGGCGAUAUUGAUAUUCAAUUUCCUUUCGGAUUGAAAGGAUCAAAUCAAGAUCGUCGCUGCAGCUAUUAUCCAAAUCCCAGUUACCAACUUUCAUGCGACAACAAUAGCCGGACCAUUCUCAACCUUCCAUAUACAGGGGUCUUAGUCGUGAAAAGCAUCGAUUACGAGGUUCAAACAAUCCAAGUCAACGACCCCGAUGGAUGCCUUCCAAAACGGUUCUUGAAUAAUUGGAACCUUUCGGAGUCCCCAUUCAGGUUAGACCCUAAUUAUCAACCUUUUAACCUCACCUUCCUUCGUUGUCCCUCCAACGUCACCGAAUCAUUUCAAUUACCAUUAUCACCAAUUUCUUGCCUUAGCGAUCCAAGCAAUUCAAACUCCUCAUCGGUCAUAGUUUCAUGGACACGACCUAUUGUAUCGUCAACCUUGUCUCAACGGUGCCAAGUGAUUUCCUCGGCUCUUGUCCCACUCCGAUUGAUGUAUAUGCCCAUGUGGCCCUACUGGCCCGAUCUUAACAGUGAUAUUGGGUUGCAAUGGAACCAACCAAGAUGUAGGGAGUGUGCGGUUAGUGGUCAAGUUUGUGGUUUCGCCAACGAUAAAACCCUUCAACUUGGAUGCUUCUCUGCUCCCUCCACCAAAAAAGGUAUUUCAAGAAGUGCCAAAUAUGGCUUAGCUAUUGGAGUUGGAAUACCUGGACUCUUGUGUCUAAUUGGACUUUCUUGCUUUAUCUGCGGUAAGACCAGCGUGUUUAUACAUCGCCGACGGCGGAACACAGAGCUUCCGGGCACAAUUUCCCUAGAACCCAUUCCGUUUGCAAUGGGGCUUGAUGGUGCCACAAUUGAAAAGUAUCCCAAGACUCUUGUUGGUGAGAGUGGGCGUUUAUUGAAGCCCAAUGACAAUACAUGCUCAAUAUGCUUAUCUGAAUAUGAGCCCAAAGAGACGUUGAGAAGCAUACCUGAGUGCAGCCAUUAUUUUCAUGCAGAUUGUAUAGAUGAGUGGCUCAAAAUGAAUGGCACAUGCCCCUUAUGCAGGAAUUCACCGGAUACAUCUUCCACGGUUACCUCUUCCUUUUCUUCCUUAAAUCCCACUUCGCCAUUGUCCUCUUCACCAUAGAUAGUCCAAGUCCAUUCCACAUAUUUGAUAUAGUAAAGAUCGAGAAUAGUGUUACUAUCUGUGUUAUACUUUUAUAAACUUUCCCCCCCAAAGAUAUUAAGUAUCUUAUUAUUUAACUUAUGAAUGAAAUGAGCCAGAAAAAUAUAUAAAAUCAAAAUAAA